AUGUCCUUUGAGGACUGUGCGCCGAAUGUUAAAGCCAACAUGUCACCUACUCAUGGUAACUCCUUUGUGAAUAUGGUGGACGGUUGUCCAGAUGAGUACAAAGUUUAUGAUGUCCGACGUAUCCAAAGACCUUUGGUAGAGCUUCACAAGACUUUGUGUCAGAUAUGUGAAUGCGAGCAUGAUCAUGACGGUUCUAUCAUUUGUAGUGUAAAUCCACGUGGGUAUGUGACUAUGAAGAGGGAUAUUCACAGGUUAGUGGAUGAAGGUAUGAUUCAUAUCCACCAAGCUAGGAAUCAGGAAGAUGACGUGAAUGUGAUUGUUCCAGUUUUCAAAACUCCUGAACGAGGGGUGAUUCAGUAUGAUAGCAGUAAGGGAAGUAAUAGAUCAAUAUCGCCAUGGGCAAGAGGUUCCUCUUCCCGCAACUACUUCAGUAGUAAGCAUUGUGAUGUUGUCAAGGUGACCCAAAGCGGUCGAGUGUUCAGUCCGGUAUUCCCAAAGGUUGUUGAGAAUGUUGUAGUUGGAAAGAAGGCCAAGGUGGUUAUUCCUGUGUUUGAUCAUGUUAACACUCCAAUCGGUCAGUCUGGUGAGUCCAGCGGUUUGAAGAUUAAGGAUGAUAAUGAUGAAGUACUCUAUUUCAUAAAGAAGGGGAGUUUAACGUCAUGGAUUGAUCAAUUUGAUCACAUUGUUCCUAACAUGACUGCGUGCAGCAAUAUGAGUUUUUGUGAUGAGGAGCUUCCAAAAGAAGGCAGGAAUCAUAAUUUGACUCUCCACAUAUCUAAGAACUAUAAGGAGGAAGCCUUGUCCAACGUCUUGGUAGAAACUGGUUCAUCUUUGAAUGUUCUACCCAAGUCUACCUUGUCUAGGCUAUCUUAUCAAGGAGCACCCAGGAGAUAUAGUGGUGUGAUUGUGAAGGAGUUUGACGGUUCUCACAAAAUAGUCAUUGGAAAAAAUGGGAAGCUUGUUAUUAUUGGAGGUGAGAAGGAAUUGUUGGUGAGCCAUUUAUCAUCUUUUACGUAUGUUGAAGCCGAGGAAGCUAUUGGAACUCUGUUCCAAGCUUUGUAUGUGGAUAAUAUGAUCCAGAAGACUAAGGCAUCCAUGUCUUCUUUGAAAGAUGCGCAAGAGAUUAUUCAGGCUGGUGACACAGACAAUUGGGGUCGUGUCGUGGAAGUGGUUAAGAAUAAGAAUUGGGCCGAUUUGCGAUUCGAGGAAGGGCCAUUCAAGAAGGAAGUCAAGGCUAUGCAAUAA